AAUAGGGCCGUGGUCUGGUCUGUGUAAAUAACAUGUAAAUGGAUAUGUCAACAAAAAGACGUCGAUCGUCCUUUGAUUAAGGAAAAAAAAAACCCGAAAGAAAACAAAAUCCAGUUUCCGCAAUCUUAUACAACUGAAAUGUGACAUUAUGUUACAUAAUGACUGGGGGGAUACUGUAGCUUAGAAAAUCGGAAAUUAUAUACCGUAAACCUCAUCAGUACGGAAAUGAAGUGUAUCACUCCAGGAUAUUGAUUUCAACGUCUUUUGAAUUGAGUGUUUGUACCUUGUCGAAAUGGAGAUAAAUGAAGUAGUAGUGACAGUGUUGAUGCUUUUUCGAUUUGUUUCGGGGUUCAACAUUGACGUGGAGAAGGCGAUAAUUUACACGGGUACCCAAGGAUCCUACUAUGGGGCUACAACUGAACUCGUCACCAACGCUCAGGGGAAAUGGCUACUUGUUGGUGCCUCGAGACAGAAUUACUCUGGUAUCAGCAAGCCUGGGGCGAUAUAUCGAUGUCCGAUCGUGACCACUUCCUCAACCGGAAGUUCUUGUACAAUGCUGAACAUCAGAGCGGAAAGUAGUGCUUUUCCUGCUAUCAAGCCUGAAGAAAACCAAGGUCUGGGGCUGAACAUGUUGAUUACGAGUCAAAAUCUAGUGGCAUGCUCACCUAUGUGGAAGCAACCUGUGGAUGCUAAUGUAUACAACGCAUACGGAAAAUGCAGCGACGUAGCAGUGAACGGUCUUAAUACCAAUGUCAACAAAUUUUUCAGCGUUCCGAAUAACCUUCUAACACGUGAUGGAAGAAUUCAUUAUAUAGCGGCAGAAUUCGGCUUCAGCAGCAGCAUAAGGUCUGAUUUUACCAACGGAAUCGUCCUGAGUACGCCGGUUGUGUAUGACUCUACAGGAGGUUUCGUUUUCUAUAAAGAGACCGUCACGUCGAAUUUCUGGGAACGGUUCAAUAUCGGAGAGCACGGGGCAACGGAUAAUCUGAAGUCUGUGUUUAGAGCAGGCGCCUACCUAGGUUAUGCCAUUGGGGCCGGUGCUUUUGGUACCGAUAGAGUUUCGCCAUAUCCUUUGGUGGCCAUGGGAGCACCAGGAUUCGCCAACAAUGAAGGCACCAUCGGAGCUAUGGGAAUAUUCGAAAGACAGGAUGCUAAUAAUUUACGCAUGAGAAAAUUGCAAACUGGAAAGACGGUGGGUAGUGGAUUUGGACAAUCUUUAGUGGUAGCAGACUUUAAUGGCGAUAACAAGGACGACAUUGCUGUAGGGGCUCCGAUGGAGGGAGAAAAUGACAUGAAUGACCUGGACGUGGGGGCCGUGUAUGUGUAUUACGGAACACGUGACAAUCAAUACAUUGGCACAGAACAGCGUCUGCAGGGCUCUGGAUCAAGCAUGGCACGAUUUGGACAAAGUGUUGCAUGUCCGGGGGACCUCAACAAAGACGGUUACAAUGAUUUAAUCGUGGGUGCUCCAUAUGAACAGGACAACAAAGGAGCCGUAUAUGUUUUCAAUGGUGGAUCUCCCCAGAUGAAUCCAUCAUUCUCUCAGCGGAUCUUGGCUUCCAGCCUCAAUGCAAAUCUUCGUGGAUUUGGAUUUUCAUUGAGCAAGUCAACCAUUGAUGUUGAUGGCAAUACUUUUCUCGACAUUUCUGUUGGAUCUUACUUGUCAUCAAAUGCUGUCGUACUCCGAACCCGAUCCAUCGCAAACAUAACUUCAACACCGACUUUGAAUCCGUCCUUAUUGCCACUGAAUUCCACAGGGCUGGCAUGUAGCGACAGUGACACUUUUAAUCCGUGUACGACGGUGACAAUUUGUUUUAACUACACUGGGGACGGAUUAAAUAAUGGGAUAUACCUCGACUACACGUUGACAUCUGACUCUUCUGUAAGUGACGUUAACGACCGCCGCUUCAAAUUUUACCAGAACAACGUUGAUAGAGGAACGGUUUACACCAGGACAGAACUUCUCGUCGGGCGUGCGGAACAAAAAUGUGAAAUAUACCACGCCAGAGUAUCGACAACAGACAGGAAAUUCUUUUUGGGUAUCAACAACAAACCACAAUUUGAUGUGACGUAUAAAAUCAGUAGCCGAUCACUGUCAGGACAGGUCAGGCCCGUUCUGGAUGGAAACCAGGCCACUAAUAUGGUGUCUGCUACGGGAGAGUUCCAAACAGAGUGCGGUGCCGGAUGUCAACCAAACUUGCAAAUCUCUGGAAGGUUCUUGACGUCAUUAAUUAAUGUGGGUUUAACACGAGAACUUGAAGUUGAGAUCCUCGUCAUCAAUGUUGGAGAUCCAGCUUACGGUGCCUCGGUUUUGCUGACGAACGAUUUUAACGCUCCUUUAACAACUUACGCUGUUUUGUUAGCACAGGGUUCAGACAGAAUGACGUGUAUCGCGGAAGGGAACAGUACCCGUUGUUCAUUUGAUCGGUCGCCACUCUUCCCGCAGCAGAGAGGCUUGCUUCGAUUACGAUUUGACGUGUCCGUGGUUCGAUUGAUUGGAAGCAAAGGAUUGCGAAAUCUUCCUCCGAAGAUCCGGGUCACUGCUAAUGCGGAAGUGUCCGGAGACAUUAAUCCUGCGAAUAAUGUAGUCCGGAUUGACACCAAUCUACAACUGCAAGCCACGAUACAGAUGAUUGGUUCGUCUUCACCCGACCAAGUGCGACUUUCAUCUGCGAAAAACUCCAAACUUACUCUGAACCAAGCGUACUCCAUCAUCAAUAUUGGCCCAAGUCCUCUACCGGAAGUUAAAAUCGUGUUUAGAAUUCCUGUGAUGGCGGAUAACAAACUGAUAACGCCUGCAUCGGAGCUAGCAGUGAGAGGCCUUUCACCCUCUGACGUAUGCAACAUGACGUACUUCCCAUCACCAGGUGCGGUGACGUCACCAUACAUCGUCCAGCCCACUGUCAUCAUUAGACAAGAUAAUUCCCAACCUCUGGGAUGUGGUGAGACUGGUGUUGUCUGCGCUCUCUAUGAAUGCACUAUAGGGGAGUUAAACCUGGAUGACCUCCAUGCUUUCGUCAUUGUCGGUAAUUUAUCCGAAGAAAACAUUCCAGACGUGCAACCGGGCAUCAGUCAGAUUUUGUACUACACGACAGGCAUCGUCUACCCUUCUGAAACGUUAGCAGUACCCCUCAACCUAGCCUCCAACGUCAGCUUCUCCGCCACCUUACCCAUCUUUCCCCAGAACAUCGUUCCCGUGUCCCAGGAGUUAAAUUUAUGGCCCAUGAUUGUGGGCGUGGGAGUGGGAGUGUUGCUUAUGAUUCUGUUAGGAGUCAUAUUGUGGAAGUUGGGCUUCUUCAGGAGGAAGAAAAGAGAUCAACUCGACGAAUACAAGAGAAAAAGUUAUGCUUAUCAGAGACAAAGUCGCGCGAUACAACGUGCCACUCGAGAUUUGAACGCAGCUGAUAGACAAAUAUUGUCCCAAUACUCACAGCUUAAUUAGAUUCCCUAUCUUUUUAUACUUGAUACAAUGAGUAGGUGGCACACAAAGUGUGUUUGACAGUUAAUUGUUAUUAAACAAGACUGUAAAUUUAUCGACUAUUUGGGCCUUAAUGUAUCAGUCAACCAUUGUUAUAUAUACAUGUGAUUAUUGUUUAGAUAUUCGAUUUUUAUUUAAAAUCCUACAGUGAUUACA